AAAGUCAUAGUUCGUUUUCGGGCGAUAGGAAAUGCACCUAUUUUAAAACAAAACUUGUACAAGAUAAAUGCGUCGAAUAAAUUCCAAGCCGUUAUUCAAUUUUUAAGGAGAGAACUUAAUUAUAAGGCUUCGGAUCCUUUGUUCUUAUACAUAAACAGUGCAUUUUCUCCUGCACCAGAUGAAAUAGUUGCCAAUUUAGUCAAGUGUUUCAAUACGGAUGGACAUUUGAUAAUAAAUUAUUGUACAAGUGCAGCAUGGGGAUAA